AUGUAUUCUCGAGUUACUUCCUUUACUCGACAAUUUUGAAGAAGUCUCAAAGUCCCUCCUCAGCCUUCUCAAAGCCCUUCUUCUAACUUUUCUCUCUACCACACAUUAUUUGCAAUAUCUGGCCUUUAUCUUGCAUAUGACUAUCAUAAACAAUUUCUUGAAAGCUGUGGGAUUGUUGGGUAUAUCGGAAAAGAGCCCAAAGCAAUUGAAGUCAUUCUUAAUGGACUCAAUGAAGUCCAAAACCGUGGCUACGACUCAGCUGGAGUUGCAACAUAUCAUGAAAAUGAAGGAAUGCGCGUCACAAAAUAUGCAAGCGGCAAAGACACGAUUUCUGAUUCAAUUUCCAAGCUUUCAAAGGAAGCAGCUAUAACUCAUAAAGGCAGCAGGUUGGGAAUUGGCCACACCCGUUGGGCAACACAUGGAGGAGUUACAGACCAAAACGCCCAUCCUCACUCAGAUCACAAAAACAGGGUCUUUGUAAUUCACAAUGGGACCAUUUCAAACACCCACGAAAUUGAGGAAAUAUUAAAGCAUAAAGGUAUCCCAAUCAAAACAGAAACUGACACAGAACUUAUAGCACUGCUAAUUGGCAUGUAUCUCGAUGAAGGACAUUCAUUUAGAAUUUCCACCAAGCUGGCAUUGGAAAGGCUUGUCGGAACCUGGGGACUUGCCGCAAUUUGUAGUGAAAGCCCAAAUGAAAUUAUUGUCGCGAGAAAAGGCAGUCCGAUCCUUGUAGGGAUUGGUGAGCAUGAGCUGUUUGUAGGGAGCGAACAAUUAGCGUUCAGUAAGUAUACAAAUAAAUAUAUUGCACUAGACGAUGACGAGAUCUGGACUUUAGACCCUGUUAAGAUGGAGGUGGAAAAAGAUAGAAUUCAAACGGUCGCAGAAAUCUCCAAUGUGUCUUUAGGUCACUAUACACAUUGGACUUUGAAAGAAAUUGAAGAACAGCCUGAGUCAGCAGCCAGAGCUUUGAAUUAUGGGGCUAGAUUAACUCAGGACAGUGCAAGGCUGAAAGGGCUGGAUGAGAUUGAAGACGAAUUCUUAAAGGUGAGAAACUUAUUACUAGUAGGCUGUGGAACUUCACUGCAUGCAGCUCAGUUUGGAGCUCAGCUGAUAAGAUAUAUGGGGAUUUUAAACACUGUGCAGGCAAUUGAUGGGUCAGAAUUAACCUCUUAUGAUAUCCCAAGUGACCACCCUGGUGUCAUAGCUAUCAGCCAAUCUGGCGAGACUAGAGAUGUUGUUGGGCCUGUAGAAAAAUUGGUCAACCAAGGAAUUCUGACACUUUCUCUAGUAAAUGUGGUUGGCUCCCAGCUAGCCAGACUUACAAAGCACGGAGUUUACUUGAAUUCAGGAAGAGAAAUAGCUGUGGCCUCCACAAAAAGCUUCAUGAACUCUUGUAUAGUUUUAGCUGAAAUUUCCUUGUGGAUGUCUAAACAUCUGAAGCCCAACGACACAGAAAAAAGAAAGCAGCUGGUCCAAGCUUUGCUGGAAUUUCCCAUGCAGGUCGGAUCAGUGAUAGCACAGAAUAAAGAAGCCAUGAAAGAGCUUGCUGAAGAAAUCAAAGACGAGCAGCAUAUGUUUAUUCUUGGACGAGGCCUUGGGGAGUCUAUUGCUAAAGAAGGGGCAUUGAAAAUUAAAGAACUCUCAAGACUUCAUGCUGAAGGCUACCCUGGAGGAGCGCUAAAGCACGGACCUUUUGCAUUGAUAGGAGAUGGGACACCAAUAAAAUGGCUUUCGCUCGAGCGAAGUUAGCUCUGCUAACUUUCUCUCACUCAAGCAAUUUUAUUUAUAGGGUUGGGUUUUUACCUCAAGAACUUCUGCACAGCAACAGCGGUUUAAAUUUGGGGAUAACCCAAAGGAACUGCUCCUCAGUGCGCUCAAGAUCUGGAGUUUUACCCCUCAGCACAUCCCAAGGGAGAUGGACCCUCAGGCGGAACACGCGCAGGAGCUGAGUCGAACAAACCGUGGCGGCAGUAAAGCCCGUCGAAGCCGGAACGCCUUAUUUGCUCGUGCCCUGGCGAAUCAAAAGGGAUCGGCCCAGCGGUCUCUGGGCCCGACACGUGUACAAAUAUGGUGGUAGCUCUGGAAGCGGCAACCCCGUAGGAGACGUUAAACGUUAAUAGAUAAUUAGAUAGAUAGAUAGGAGAUGGGACACCAAUAUUUUGAUUAUCCUUGAUGAUGAAAAUAAAGACAUGAUGAACCUUGCACUUGCAGAAGUCACAGGUAGAGGAGCCAAAACAAUUGUGAUUACACCAGAUCCAUCAUUAAUUACUGCUUCGAAAAAGCCUCACAAAAUAGUAAAAAUUGAUAAAACUGGGCCAUUAUCAGCUUUGCUUGCAAUUAUUCCGAUGCAACUGUUGGGAUAUUAUUUAAGUAUUAAGAGAGACUUGGAUCCUGAUCACCCUCGCGGAUUAGCUAAAGUCGUAACUGUAAGCUAA